GGCCCAUGGUUCUCAACGCAACUCACCCUCUCCCUCACUAUCGGUCUCUGCUCCUUCCUCGUUUUCUGUUUUCUCCGGACGAAAUGGGACAUCGUUUACAUGGGGCGAACAAAGCUCAAAAACUUCUCUCCCUCACAGGCUCACAAUCCCGAUCUGAACAACACAGCUGGGAGUCGGUUCUUUGGCUGGAUCUUACCUACUUGGAAAACGAGCGAAUUCACGGUGCUCCAGACUGUCGGCCUCGAUGCGGCUGUGCUUUUGAGCUUUUAUAAGAUGGCUUUCAGCUUCUUUGCGUUGUCGGCUCUGCUGGCCACGGCCGUUCUCAUGCCGUUGAACUUCUUCCGACAUGGAACCACCGAUGCCGAACCUGAUCCCGCGACCAAUACAACUGACUUACUGCCCUUUCUUCCCAACUCUACAUUCCCCGUUCUCCAACCCAACUCGACUGUUCCUCAAAAAACCCUAUAUGAUCUUAUCCUAGAUCCUCAGACCUCUGCACUUGUCAAUCUCAUCUUCACAUACCUCUUCACUGGGCUCUGUCUGUCCUUUCUCCAUCGCAAUUAUCACCAAUUCGUCGUUGCCCGACAAUCCUUCGCGCUUCACCUGAUACAUUCUAUCUCGUCUCGUACCGUUCUUGUAACGUGCGUCCCAUCACAUCUGCGUGGUGACCGAGCACUGGCCGAUUACUUUGAAGGCUGUGGGUGGCUCGUUGAAAGUGUCAGCGUCUGUCGAGAGGUCGAAGCUGUACGUUUAGUACUUGAAAAGCGGACCAAUGCUUUGCUCAAGCUCGAGCAGGCAUGGGCUGACUGGGUGGGCAAUCCCGCAAACGCGACUAUCAAAGAUUAUGAUCCGAACGUCUAUACCGUCGCCAAAGGGACUCCAGCGGAAAGCGGCCCAAAGCAUGGGACAGCAUGUGUACGUUUGCAUACGGGGCGACCGAGACCGACGUACAGACCAAGAUGGUUCGGCACUAAAGUGGAUGCUAUCGAGUUUUGGGAGAGGGAGUUCCAGGUAGCCGAUGAAGAGGUCAAGCAGUUGAGAAGGACUGGAAAGUUUGAGGCGACACAUGCCGCUUUUGUGACAUUUGAGAACGCGAAGGACGCACAAACGGCCUGUCAAGUCGUACACUACCCUCACCACACACAGGUCGUCACUGAACCAGCUCCAGAACCCCGAGAUGUGGUCUGGAGCAAAGUCUCCAUGCCCACGACAGAGCAUCACAUCCGGGAUGUUGUCAUCAUGGCGUUGGUAACAUUGCUAUUGCUACUAUGGACCAUCCCCGUCGGAAGUGUCGCCACUCUGCUCUCUUACAACGAAAUCAAGAAGGUUAUGCCGUGGCUAGCCCGUCUCCUGGACAGCUCUCCUCGUCUCGCCGCAAUUGUCCAGAACUCUCUCCCUUCUCUGGCGAUUAUCACUUUUAACGGGUUAUUGCCUUUCUUGCUAGAAUGGAUGUCAUAUCUUCAAGGAUUUGUCUCUCGAAGCGCAACAGAAUACUCCCUCAUGAAAAAGUACUACCUUUUUCUUCUCGUGUCGGUCUUGUUCAUUUUUUUGCUCACUACGACGUAUCUCGCUUUGGUGCGAGAUUUAGCGGAUACUCCGAUGAAGAUACCUGAGAAGCUGGCCUCAGCUUUGCAAGGAUCAAACGCAAGAAACUUCAUGAUCUCCUAUGUCAUGCUGCAAGCUCUCGGUUUGAUGCCUCUACAGCUUCUCAAUGUUGGACCUCUCUUUUCCCUCGGAUUCGCUCGUUUGAGCACUAAGACCCCUCGAGAUUACGCCGAAGCGAAUGCACCCCCUAUGCUUAAUUACGGUUGGGUGUAUCCUCAAGCCCUGUUGAUCUUCACUAUCACAUUGGUGUAUAGUGUGGUAUCACCUUUGAUCUUGGUCUUUGGGGCUAUGUACUUUGGAGUGGCAUACCUAGUUUAUAAAUAUAAGCUUUUGUUCAUUUACUUUAAACCCUACGAAUCGAACGGUGAAGCUUGGCGUUUGACCUUUGCCCGCCUCCUAUGGGCCCUCAUGAUCUUCCAGGUAUUCAUGACAGGUCUUUUCUCCCUUCGUCCACCGUAUUAUUUCUCAGGGGCUAUGGUCCCUCUUCUGGCAUACACAUUGUGGUGGUCUUGGACCAUGUAUCAGAGCUACGGGGGAUUGAGCGAGUAUGUCGCGUUGAGCAGUAUAUGCGAGGUGCAGAGAGGUGAAGGGGCGGAUAGUGUGGCUGGUGUUGCUGGAGAGGGGAGCGUGACUAGGUCACAAAGUAACCUCAAUCACCGCCGCUACGCAAUGAACGACGAAACUCUCUACGUCGCGCCCUCUGACAAACGUACCGACUAUUCUCAACCCCCAAUGACUAAUUUCUACUAUGGAGUCCUCAACACUGGUCGACGUCGAUAUGCUCAUCCAGCCCUCUCGGGUCAAUUACCGACACCAUGGUUACCAGCCAAGCACCGUCCAGAGAAGUUCGGUGACAACGCAGCUAAACGUAGAGGUGUCGUACUUUCACUGAGAAGACAACUCAAUAAACCUGGACCCUCUACUCUAAGACCCGAUACCAUUCCUUGGACAGGGACACAAGGAGGUGAGAGAAGUAUACCGGGAUCUAGUAGUAGUUUAGGGUCGAAUUUGAAUCCAUGGAACGAUACACGAAUCGAAAGUGGGAAGGUCAAAGCGAAGAAGAGUUACGAUUCUGUCAGUGGGGUUAUAUUUUUACCUAAUGAGGAUGAGAAUGUUUGGGCGAACGAGGAGGAGUCUGAAGAUGAGGCAGAGCAUGGAGUUCCAGAAUCACCCGUAUGUCUUUUUUCUCAAUUUAUCCAUCUCUCAUCAUUCUCGCUACUCUCAUUGGCCCUCUUUCUUCAUCGCUCCUUCACCGCCGCGAUAUUUUCUUCCCGUCGCCGUUGCUCUGCCACAGGAUGGUUUGCUAGGUAA